UUGGUGUAUCAUUACGCAUUCCACAUGUGUAGGGCCGACCUUCUUCAACGAACUAACUUAUUUAUUUUUUUUUUAAUCCAGGAUUUCUGAUAAUAUUGUAAACCAGGAAAAAAAUACUGCCCACAUCAGUCUGUUUAAAUGGAUCUAAUCAAAAUCCUUGAAAAAACAGUAUCUCCAGAUACUCAUGAGUUGGAGACAGCCCAACAGUUCUUGGAGUCUGCUGCAGCGCAAAAUUUACCAGAACUAUUAAAGUCCCUCAGUAACAUUUUAAAACAUGGUGGAAACAGCCCAGUUGCUCGAAUGCAAGCUGGUUUGCAGCUCAAGAAUGCCCUGUACUCAAAAGACAAUGCUAUUAAACUUCAACAUCAUCAAAGAUGGUUACAGUUUCCAGAUGAUGUUCGAAGCUUCAUUAAACAAAAUGUUCUAGAUUCACUUGGCACAGAAACUGUUCGACCUAGCUCAGCAGCUCAGUGUGUGGCAUACAUUGCCUGUGCAGAGCUUCCUCAUGGUCUAUGGCCAGAUUUGAUUGCUCGAUUAACCAGUAAUGUUAUCAACCCUGCAAGUACAGAGAUGGUGAAAGAAGCUACUCUUGAAGCUGUUGGAUAUAUCUGUCAGGAGAUAGAACCUGAAAUUCUUCAACCCCAGUCUAAUGAAAUUCUUACUGCUAUAGUGCAUGCCAUGAAAAAGGAAGAGCCUAGUAAUCAUGUUAGACUGGCUGCCACAAAUGCUCUACUAAACUCUUUGGAAUUCACUAAAGCCAAUUUCGAUCAAGAGGCUGAAAGACAUCUUAUUAUGCAAGUAGUAUGUGAAGCCACCCAAUCUCGAGACACUAAGGUCAGAGUAGCAGCUAUGCAAUGCUUAGUCAAGAUAAUGUCCCUUUAUUAUAUUUACAUGACGCAUUAUAUGGGACCUGCACUAUUUGCUAUCACUGUAGAUGCCAUGGAACAUGAGAAUGACGAGAUAGCUUUGCAAGGUAUUGAAUUUUGGUCAACUGUUUGUGACGAGGAGGUGGACCUUGCCAUUGAAUUGUCUGAGGCAGCUGAACAGGGUCGACCACCUGAACGUACAAGCAUGUUUUAUGCCAAGGGAGCCUUGCAAUAUCUUGUCCCAAUUCUUUUGGUUACACUUACAAAGCAGGAAGAAUUUGAUGAUGAUGAUGAAUGGAAUCCUUGUAAAGCUGCAGGGGUGUGCCUCAUGUUGAUGGCCUCUUGUUGUGAAGAUGAUGUUGUUUCAUUUGUUUUACCUUUUGUCAGGGACAACAUCCGUAAUGAAAAUUGGCGAUACAGAGAUGCUGCUGUAAUGGCCUUUGGGUCAAUUCUGGAAGGACCUGAUCCUGAAAAAAUGAAACCUAUAGUUGAACAAGCUAUGCCCAUGCUGAUAGAACUCCUAAAAGACCCCAGUGUGGUUGUGAGAGACACUGCAGCUUGGACAUUAGGGCGUGUGUGUGAAAUACUGCCAGAGUCUGUUCUUCAUGAAACUUGUUUAACACCUUUGUUGACAGCACUUGUGGAAGGUCUUGUUGCAGAGCCUCGGGUGGCUAGCAAUGUCUGCUGGGCUUUCUCAAGUCUUGCUGAAGCUGCUUUUGAAAAUGCAGAGCAACCUGAAGAUGGUUCAGAGCCUGAAACCUACUGUCUUUCGAAUUAUUUUGAAAUUAUAGUGGAAAGAUUGUUGCAUACAGCUGACAGGCCUGAUGGCAAUCAGCACAAUUUACGUAAUGCUGCAUAUGAAGCAUUAAUGGAACUAGUAAAGAACAGUCCUAAGAACUGUUAUUUGAUCGUGCAAAAAACAACAAUGAUAAUUUUAGAAAGACUAGAAAGGGUCCUUUCUAUGGAGGGUGCUAUUCAGUCAACCAAUGAUAGAGUGCAGUAUAAUGACUUGCAGUCACUUUUAUGUGCAACCUUACAGAGUGUAUUAAGAAAAGUUACUCCUGAGGAUGCUCCAAAGAUUUCUGACCAAAUAAUGACUGCUCUUUUAAGAAUGUUUCAAUCUACUAGUGGUAAAGCUGGUGGAGUACAAGAGGAUGCUCUGCUUGCAAUGUCAACACUAAUUGAAGUUCUAGGAGAUAAGUUCCAAAUGUAUAUGGAUGCAUUCAAGCCAUAUCUUCUUUUGGGAUUGAAAAAUUAUGCAGAGUAUCAGGUUUGUUUAGCAGCUGUUGGCAUUGUUGGUGAUCUUUGCAGAGCUUUGGGUACCAAUAUAUUACCACAUUGUGAUGAACUCAUGAUGAUGCUAUUGGAGAAUUUAGGGAAUGAAGGCGUCCAUAGAUCUGUGAAACCUCAAAUUUUGUCUGUGUUUGGUGAUAUUGCACUUGCUAUAGGACCUAAUUUCAAGAUGUAUUUAGAUGUGGUCAUGACAACUUUACAGCAAGCUUCUCAAGCUCAGGUGGACAAGACUGAUUAUGAUAUGAUUGACUAUCUGAAUGAGUUGAGAGAAGGCUGCCUUGAAGCUUAUACUGGUAUUGUACAGGGACUGAAAGGAGAUGCAGAUUCACCAAAUGCUGAUGUUGUACUGAUCCAACCUCAUGUGAACCAUAUUGUGUCUUUCGUUGAGCAUAUUGCUGUAGAUGAUGAUAAAAGUGAAAGUAAUGUGGCGGCUUGCUGUGGCCUAAUUGGUGACCUAUGUUCUGCAUUUGGAAGCAGCAUGCUACCAAUGGUGGAUAGAGAAAGUAUAACCAAUUUACUAACCCAAGGAAGGCGCAGCAAAGUUCAAAAGGCUAAAACUCUUGCCACAUGGGCCACCAAGGAAAUCAGGAAACUUAAAAAUGCUGCUUCAUCAUGAUGCCCAAAUGAAGGAUUUUCAGACUAAGACAGGACAACUUCCCGACUGCAACAGCCUUGGCAACACGGUGACUGACGGCAUCUAUGACACUUCCCCGCCCCCAGCUAAUGCCCUACAUGGUCCACCUCUAUUCCUCUCAUCGGCUGGUCAGUGGAAUUGCCCCAACUAUUGACUGAUUUGACUGCUACUUGAAAACACCCAAAUUAAUUCAAAGCUACUUGAUACUUUUGCCAGCAGAGUGAAUGAAUUAUGACACCGUGAGAAAAGAAGCAGCCAAGAACUCACAUCAUAUAUUUUCUAGGACUUACAUUGGAUCUAUAGUUUUGAGAUAUAGGAUACUUCUAUAGUACAAAUCAAAGCGGCUUUUUACUUUUCUCAAGUUCAUUGCCUGUUUUGUCAUUCAGGAAAUGACAGAACUUUGAUUUGUGUAAUUCUAAAUUAAUUAGGUUUCUGUGACCUAUUGUCUCUGCCUAGAAAUGAACAUAGAUACAUUUUCUUUUUAUUCAUAACAAAACCCAAGCUGUAAAUUCUGUGGUUGUCUUACUUUUAUUUCAAUUAUGCAAUUCAUGGCUAUGUAGCAUUUACAUCAUCUCUUGAAAGAAGUUUAUCAGUGAUUAUUAUUUUCUGUCAAAUUAUUGAAUAGUGUCUUUUCAGUAACAACUUUGAUUCACAGCAUUCAAAAUUUAUAAUGAUUUUAAUUGAAAUUGUACUUUUAAAAGUUGAAACAAUCAUUGUUAUAUAUAUAUUGUACUUAAAGAAUUCACAAUAUUUAAAGACUAUCUUGUGUAAUUUGAAGUUUAGGCAUUAUUACAAAAUGUCCCUAGAAUACAUGUACAUACAUGUAUACAACAUAAGGGUUUUUCUUAGUAGAAUGUUAAAAAAUUAUGGAUUAAGUAUUUGCGUAUGAAAUGUUUUUCAUGCAUGUUUUAGAACUUUUCUUACUAUUUACAUGAAAAAUUAAUACAUUUUCCCCUAUGACAAGAAACUUUAAACUGUAAUGGUUUUAGUCCUUUAGUAAUAUCUAUAUAUCAGGGAAAAUGCUGUACCAGUAAGGUUUUUGUUUCAUUGGUGUAAGCAUAAUAAAUGUAAUAAGCAGCAGUUUAGUUAGCCUUUGCUCUGCUGUAGUCAAAACAAAAACUCAGCUGGUAAACAUUGGAUUUAAGUAUUACCUUUUGUGAUUGGAGGCUUGCUAAUAAUUGUAUACACACAAUCAUAAGUGAACUGAUGACACUCUACUGCUCACAUCUUGGUGAGACCUUUCAGUUGCUGACAUAAGGAAGUUUGAAAUUUGGUUUGAAUGUGAUGAUUGAAUUGCUUGUGCUAAUGAAUGAAUUUGUAUUCCAUGGAUUGAAGACAUUUUUUUUAUUCUUCAAAGUCCAUUUCAGUUCCUGUUCUACUGAAAAAGAAUAGUGAACUAGAUUUUAAAUGAACACAUCUCUGUCAAUAUGUUUCUUUUUUUUUUUAUUUGGGUUUAAAACAAAAUUUUGUGCAGUCUACAAAUACUAAUCAGCUUUGAAUUGAAAUGUCUUAAAUUGUUCUAACUCAACUGGUCAAGUGUAAUUGUUAUUCAUAAAUAUAAAAGAGCAUUUAAAUAAAACAAACUGGAGCUUAACAUUUGUGAGUCUACUGAUCCUAAUAGUUAGAAAAAAAUACUUUUGAUUAUUUUUUUUUGUUUUGUUUUCUGCAAGUUGGCUAGAGAAAAACAACCAAGAAAUAAUUGCUCAAUCUUAAUUUUGACUGCCUGCUUGCUUUGUUGACAACACUUGGAUAUUCCUCAGACAGUUUACUUUAUGCUGUCAAUACUGAUCAUGUUCUGUCCUGCUAAUGAUACAGUAGUUUUGCCCAUCUUAUGGAGACAAUUCUAAACAAACAACUUAUCUUCUGCCAGAUGACUUUUAAAAUCAUAUAUAUAUAUAUAUCUAUAUAUAUUUUGUCAUUGUAUGGAAGAAGUGACAAUAAAACAACUGGCCUACAAUUGUGUGUGGGGUUAUAUUUUGUCUUCGUUAAUUAAUUAGGUUAUUGGAGUUAGGUCAAUUAAAUAUACUAAGGAAGGUCAUUGUUUAAAAAGUUAACCAUUUCUUGUGUAGCAGUUCGAAAAGUGGUUUUCUAAUAUUCUACUUAAGUGAUGUACAAUACUUUUUUUUUUUUAAUAUAAAUAAAUUUAGCCAAAUAUUUCAA